CAACCGAUCUGUAAUUAAUAAGUUGAGACAUAUGUAAUAUAUGACAUGUGAUACGUGACAAAUAACAAUACCUCCAGAUUGCUGGCCCACAUAAACCGGAUCUAUUUUAACAUAUUGCGAUUGAAAAGAAAUGAGAUUCGCCUGGGCCGCUAUUCCGUACACGGUUACUAAUAGUUGUCGGUUCGAAAACAUGUUGCGCAUAUAAUUUCAUAUAUAAAAAUACGUGCGCAACUUAUUACGUGUACGGAAUGAGGCCUAUUCUGUAACUCUUAACGACAGUUCGGUAUCUUUAUAUUGUGGUUGCGCAACUUUUUUGUCAUAUGUAAUAUGUGCGCAACGACAACGUAACGAUAUUGACACUGUCGUGAAGAGUUACAGAACUGUUGAAAAUGCACGCGUGUCGUUCGCAUAAUUACAUGUGAUUUGUUUGUCAUUGAGAAAUAACAAUUGUUAUUUCUCAUUUGUAAUAAUUGCACGAUGCAUCGUUUCGACAGAACAGACUCCAGGCAGCAUGGCAGAAGGCCAUCUCGCUCGCGAUCAAGGUCGAGAUCAAGAUCAAGCAAGCCUACGCGAAGGAAGCAGUGGAGAAGCGCAAAUGCCUUUCUGAACUUUAUGCAAGACUUUAGGCAGAAUUAUAAUAAGGUAAAGAGCAAAGAUCUGUUUCGCCUUGGAGGACAAGAGUGGCGACAAAUGUCGUCCGCGGAGAAGAUGCCCUAUGUAGAAGCGGCCAAGUUAGCGCAGCAACAGUCGCAACAUAACAAAGUCGCACAGCAGAACAAGCCGAACACCAGCGACUCCUCGAAAAAGCCCGAAAAUCAAAGAGAUAUUCAAAAGAGGAAAGAACGAGAGGAAAGAAAAGGAAGAAGACAUUCCAGGAGUAGAAAGGGCGAUUCCGACGCGGAGUCAGAUUCCGCGACAUCGGGAACAGGCGCGACUAUGACCAGCGAGGACGUUUCGGAUUUGAGUUCUUAGACGACAAUUUAUUAAUUAAUUAAAUCGACAGCAAGAGUGUCACGAAAUACGUGCACGAAACAAUUUACUUCGAUUACGUGUCUUGAUUGAUUAGUCCUUGGUUGUGUCGUUUUGAAAUUCGAAUAAAGUAAAAGAUCUUCUAAAACAGGUUUAUUAUCAAGUUUCCUUUAGCUAUUCUUUCAGUUUUUUCAACUCUAUCUUUGUAUAAUAUUUAUUUGUGAAUCUUUACACUCGAUCUCUAAUUAUCGCAGAUGCUGGAGAGAUAUGUAAUAUAUAUUUUACAUUCAAAGUAAGUUAAAAUUGUUUAAACUACAAGUUGCGUUAAAAAUAAGUUAGAAUUUUAAAAAGCAUUAUUUUUAU